UCACGCGCCGUAGUUUUUGUAGUUUUUGUCCUUCUUGCAUUUGGUGAGUCGCACGGCGAGGCCCUAUGCACCUUCGCAGACGUCCAUUUGGCGACAGGUCAAGUGCGUCCGGGGAGGGGUCUGAUGUUGUGCUCAUGCCUCGUUUGCGUUGGUGCUGCAAUUUAUUGGGAUGACGCGGGGGUUGUAACAGUGACACGUGUCCCUUCCAUAGUGGUUGGCAGUGAGGUCGAAAAUGCUCCAGCAGAUAUUGUUAACCUACCAAUAGGAUCGGAGAGCUCGUUGCCAUACCUACUGUGACUACCGGUAUAUCAUCAUCAUUGAUUGGAUGGACACGUGGCAAUCGUAGAUUCAAUGAUGAAUGAAUGAGUUAAUCAAAGGUUUGUCCACGAUGGUGGCCGGUGCGCGAAUCGGAUUGGCGUCAGUGAGGCUGUGGCCUGACGAACGUCACGGCUUGUCGUCGAUCUUGCGUUGGCGCGCUUUGCAGCAAUCUUCGGCAUGGUGUCGGCCAAGCGGGCGGGAGGAUGCGCGGCGUUCCGUUCUAGCAGACGGGGCUCUGCUGGCUGACGAUCGCCACGUGCCCGAAUUUAUUGGCGUCGACCCUCUUGCUAAUUUCGAAUGGCAGCGGAGCAGCUUGGCUCACGAGCGGCUACGGAACUUGAUCCAGUGUGAAAGGAACCGUUGUCGGGAAUACCGAUCGGGAUGGGGAUCCGGAUCAGGUAGUCAGUGGGCAGGAAACGACAAAAGAUCCUUCGCAGGUGGAUUCGGACGAACGCCACGUGGUUGCGGCGGCCUGGUACCAUCAUCGAGAGCGGGAAGAGGAAGAGGCUCGGAGCCGCCGAAAUGUGAGGUAGGGCUUGGUCCACGUCAUGGACCCAAAUUCGGACCAGCUUCGCCGUCUUGGCGGCGACACCCGUGGCCCACGAUCGUCAAUCCCAGGACUGGUGUUGGGGGCGGACAAGCUGUUCUUCGUACGGCAGCCACUGAUCGUGAGCACCAUGCGGGAAGGGAAUGUCCUCCAUCGUCCGAUGAUGGUGAAGGUCCGGCUAUGGUGGAAAGAACGGAGAAGGCAAACGGUGAAAGUGGCGAUGGCGGCAUGAAACGAUCAACGAGAGGGAAGGGCAGCCGUCGCGGGCUGGAGUAUAAUGUCUCGGAGGUGGCAGCAGUGAAGGGGCUGCUUCUCGAUCCAGCUUUGGAUAUGGAAAGGGCAUUCCUGGUGCGAGGAGAGAGAAAUGAUAAUGGUGAUCAUAGGCAGGAGAAAGAAAAGGAGGAGAAGGAAACUUUGGAAUCGAUAUGGGGUAGUCGGCUAGGGAGAGUGGUUGCAGAUCCUGUAUAUGAUGAGGGCGAUGACGACGAUAAAGAUAACGGUGAGGAGGAGGAGGUGGGAAGAAGGAGGAUACGAUGCAGUGAAGGCGAAGAAAAUCUUGCAGGUGGGCCUAAAAGAAAGGCGGCGGAAGACGCAGACACGACGAUGAAGGAUGAUUCGAACACAUUCUCCGCUCGUGACGGGUCCGUCAUUUGUAGUGAUGGAAAUAAUAACAGGGUCAGAACGGGAGAAGGAGGGGUGAAAGAAGGAGGUGGAGUCCUGAGGGGACCUCGAAUGGAGGUCAGCAUGCCUGUUGUCGCCAUCGACAGGGCUGCUGCUGCAGAAGAAGAAGGAGAGGAUCGAGACAAAGGAAGAGCAGAUGGCACCAAAAUGCAAUCUUCAUCUUCAUCAUCAUCAGCAGCAGCAGCAGGAGGAGGAGGAGGAGGAGGAUGGUUUCCAUACGUGGACCGGUUUAUUACGAGAGAUGGUUCAGUUCUGUGUAGCUCGGACAUCAUUCGGAUUCUGGACUCGUUCUUGGUGGAAGAGAGGAAGGAGACCAUUCGAAGAGUGGUGAAGGACCGGUCGUACUCGUUGAUUCCCGUGGUGGAGGGUCUGUCCGACAUUGGAAAUGUCGCGGCCGUGUUCAGAAGUGCCGAAGCUUUUGGCUUUCAGUCGGUUGGGGUAAUCGCGGAUCCAGAGUGUAAAGUUAGGUACAAGAAGAACCGGAAGGUGAGCAAAGGGGUAGACAAGUGGCUAGAUGUGGAGGUGUGGAACUCCACACGUGGAUGCUUGGGCGCGCUCCGCGCCAGGGGGUACAGAAUCGGGGUAACUCACAUGAUGACCGACGAGUCGAAGACCUUACGAUUGGAUCAGGUAGAUUGGACGGUCCCGACCGCCAUCAUCUUAGGCAACGAGCACUUGGGAGUCAGCGAUGAAGCCUUGGCUAUGGCCGACUUCAGGUGCGGCAUUCCCAUGGGUGGUUUCGUGGAGAGCCUCAACAUUUCUGUAGCGGCGGCCAUCCUUAUGUACCAUGCCGUGCAGGAUCGCAUUGCGCGCCAAGGUUUUCAUGGCGAUCUGACCGUUGAUCAACGACAGAUCAUGACGGCCGAGUUCUACUUGAGGCACAAGCGGGAGACGGAGGACGUUGUUGAUCGGUUGCUUCGGCAGGAGAGGGAAGAGAUACUCAGGCGGCUCCUAGCUCGUAAAGGAGGAGGAGGAGGAGGAGGAGGGUGUGGACGUCCGCUGUUUAACUCAUCUCUCAGCAGUGCUGCGGCUGAAAGAAACACGGUAGUUUGACGCUCACCAGUUUGUUUUUUUUUCAGUAGUAAAAUUUUGAUUCACAA